AUGUCCUACCCUCAUCGGCUCACCAACAUGUACCCCUCGACGUCCUCCACUUCCCACUCCAACGCCAGCGGCAGUGCAGGAAACACAUCCAUGCUGCGUCAAACCUCCCAGUCGCAAUCCAUCCUUCAAACCCGAAUCGCAGCGAAACGUGCGGAACUCGAGAACCUCCGAGCGCUGCGUGAUCUAAGCGCCAAUCUGGCGACACAGUUAUCCACACUUGAAGAGAAACUCGGUACACUGAAGGACGGAGCGCAAAGCGUUGCGCUGGUAUUGGCGAAUUGGGAGAACGUGCUACGCGCGAUUAAUAUGGCUGCAAGUAUGUGGUCCCCCAACCAGACGUACUCCUUUUGA